AUGGUGACAUCCCCGCGGCCGUGGCGCGCGCUGGUGGCCGUGUCCCUCUGUGUCCUGCUGUGCCUGGYGGCCGCGUACCCCCCGAAACCCGAGAGCCCCGGAGACGACGCGUCCCCCGAGGAGAUGGCCCGCUACUUCUCGGCCCUUCGCCACUACAUCAACCUGGUCACGCGGCAGAGGUACGGGAAACGCUCCAGCCCCGGUGCGGCGGUGACGGAGCUGCUCCUGGGGACCGGCAGUGACAGGUCACGGUAUGGAGAUGACGACUCCUCGUGGUGACCACACCGCCCAUCCCCCUGUCCCCCCAAAUCCUCCCCAUCUCUCCCAGGGGAUCCAGGACCAGCGCGGGACCCCGCUCUGGAGGGCCGGGGACCCCCAAAACCCGGUCCGGGGGUGUCCCGCUGUCGGGGGGGCCCCUCCCGUCCC